AUGGACACCGGGAGAAACCCAAGCAUUGGCGUUGGGGCGAAGCAAGGCUGCCUAUCAAAUGAUGAUGCUCUGCGACUCUCUGGCAGCCCAGCAGCCACGGAAGAAGCUGUACCGGACUGGCCAGCCAAACCGAGCUACGUAAUACCCAGGCGCCCUCGCACUUUUCCGUCCACAGCUAUAUCUAUAACUACGCCCUUAACUAAAACUGCCGCCGCUGCUGCCAUACCACCACCACUGAAGACCGAUCAAAUAACCUCCACCUCCAUACAUACCUUACCACCUAAACCUAUCGAUCAAUUCGCGAUGGGUGUACUUAUUCCCCGCAGAACGUGCACUACUUAUCGUAAUGGAUAUCCAUACCGCACCACUUGUAACUCGGCCUGGACUGUAUGGGUUCGCUGGCUGGUAGCUGGAAUAGUUAUUUUCUUCGCUUUCGCCUUCUUCGCCUUCGUCCUAUGCUGCAUCUCUCGUCGCCGUAAACGCUCAAGACGAUACGCCACAAAUCCAAUGCCUAUGGCUCCUCAAAAUGUAUACAAUGGACCACCACCACAGGACCCUUCACCACAACAAGGUGGCUAUUAUAACCCAGGACCGUACUCGCCACCUCAGGGAGCGCCGCCCACAUAUGGCGACCAGAACAACACUGGAUAUUACCCUCCACAGCAGGGCGGUGUGACGCAGCCGCAGGGAGCGUACCAACCUCCGAAGUGGUGA